GAAUAUUUUACUAAAUAUAUAUAUAUUUUAUGGUUUAUGUAAAAUUAAGAGAUUAUAUCAAGCUUCAUAACUAGAAAACUAGUAGUAAGUAAAAAGUAGUAGUAGUAGUACUCGAUGAAAAAAUACUUUAUUAUAGUGUUUUGAAAAGCUGUCGAGGUAAGCUACAAGAGACUUUUUUGGGGGGAAGAGAUUGCCCUGACACCCUACACACACGCAUAAUAUACAUAUAGCGUUAGAUAUAUUUACGUGUGUACAUCUUGAAAUCCCUCGAUCGAGUUUGAUUUCGAUACCGCGUGCUCUUAAUUUUUAUGGAAGAAUUUGUCCGAAAAUAAGCCCGACUAGAGGGACUGUAAAAAGAGAGAUAGGGUGACUGUGCACGCGAUGGAAACCGACGGAGAGGGGCGUUCCUCACGACCGAUUCGCGCGCGAUAUAUAUUGUCGUUCUCGCGUAGUACACGCAGGUGGUGCGUACACGCAUCCGCGAUACCGCGAGAAAAAGAAGACGGGCUCUCUCGUUCUUCUGGUAGCUCUACACCGGACUGUCUCGUGCGCGGUUUUCCAACACACACGCGACCACAUUUCACUCUCGCAAUUUUUUUCUUUUUCAUCGUCUCGCAACGAUAUUGGAAUAUUGUAAUUUUGUACAAUGUACGCAUAGAGAGAGAUCUGUAUAUAUUGAUCGGUGUCUACUGUAAAUAAAACCGAUUUCGAAACCGUUGCGUUCUUUCCAUUACAAAAAUUAUCAUAAGUUACAUCACGCGAGUAUAAACAUGUUCUACUACUAUCUGUAAUUAAUAUCCCGUCGUACAAUUUUUUUUUCUUAAUCGAGUGUACUUGUCAGUGGGAAGAGAGAAAAGAGAAAGAUUAAGCAAGCAUAGUCAUCCAAAAAAAUGACUGCUACCGAGGAAACGGAGCCGUUGAUAUCCACGACACCGACGACUUCCGCCGGUAAAAGUCAAAGGGUCACUUAUCAUGCAAUCUCCUUUGAAAUAAACGAAAGGGAUAGAUUGCACGACGGAAGCCCCGAGAAUUCCUUUAGUCUAAAACCGAUUUCGAAUGCGCCGACAGGCGUGAAUUUUAACAGCGAAAUCUCCACCGACAGAAUCACGUACACGUGGAACGACGUAAAUGUCUAUUAUAGCACGAAAACCGACAGGAUCUGGGAUCGAUUGAUGUUCAGACCUAGUAGGUCCAUCGCCCAAAAGCACAUAUUAAAGGAUGUGUGCGGAGUGGCCUAUCCUGGCGAAUUACUCGUAAUCAUGGGCGCAUCAGGUGCAGGCAAAACGACCUUACUAAACGCAUUGACGUUUCGCACGACACGCGGAGUGUCCGCGUCCGGUUUAAUGGCCGCCAACGGUCGGAGGACAUCGCCGGACGUCCUCACCUCGAGGAUGGCUUAUGUACAGCAAGAUGAUUUAUUUAUUGGCACAUUGACAGUGACAGAACACUUGAUGUUUCAGGCGACGGUGCGGAUGGAUCGGCACAUACCUCGUCACCAGAGGAUCAAGCGGGUCAAUGAGGUCAUCGACGAGCAGCUCGCCCUUUCGAAAUGUCGAAACACCACGAUAGGGAUACCCGGUAAACUAAAGGGUCUUUCGGGCGGUGAAAUGAAGAGAUUAUCCUUCGCUUCCGAAGUAUUGACCGAUCCGCCGCUUAUGUUUUGCGACGAGCCGACAUCCGGCUUAGAUUCCUUCAUGGCUCAUCAAGUUGUUUCUAUCUUGAAGGCUUUGGCGGCAAAUGGUAAAACGAUUGUCGUCACUUUACAUCAACCUUCGUCGGAGCUGUUCGCUCUAUUUGAUAAAAUUCUGUUGAUGGCCGAAGGAAGAGUCGCCUUCAUGGGUACCACCGCGCAAGCUUGUUCCUUCUUCAAGACGCUUGGCGCAACUUGUCCCAACAACUACAACCCUGCCGAUUACUUCGUGCAAAUGUUGGCCGUGAUACCGGGACGCGAGUUGGCCUGCAGACACGCGAUCAAAACGACGUGCGAUACCUUCCGGAAUAGCGAAUAUGGCAGAAAGGUCGUCACAGAAGCAGAAACAGUCCAUGGCGAAUUCGAGAGUUCCCUCAAGUAUUACACCAAAGAUCCCGGUCGCUCGCCUUACAAGGCGAGCUGGUGCGAGCAGUUUCGCGCAGUCCUAUGGCGAUCCUGGUUGUCAGUGAUCAAGGAACCGAUCCUCAUCAAAGUUCGCCUCCUACAGACUAUCAUGAUCUCGCUAUUGAUCGGUGUCACUUACUUCGGCCAGCAUAUCGAUCUGGACGGCGUGAUGAACAUUAACGGCGCUCUGUUCGUUUUCCUUAACUGCAUGACUUUUCAGAACGUCUUCGCAGUUAUUAAUGUAUUUUGCGCCGAAUUACCGAUAUUUCUUCGCGAACACAGAAAUGGCAUGUAUCGCACCGACGUUUAUUUUAUCUGCAAAACGCUGGCGGAAGCGCCAAUAUUCCUAGCGAUACCGCUGAUGUUUACCAUCAUCGUUUAUCCCAUGAUCGGUCUUUAUCCCGACGUGAGGCAUUUCUGUAUCACCGCUUCCGUAUUAACUCUUGUGGCCAACGUGUCGACUUCGUUCGGCUACCUGAUAUCCUGCAUCAGCAACAACGUGACUACAGCUCUCUCCGUUGGUCCUCCGGUAAUAAUACCAUUCUUGUUGUUUGGCGGCUUCUUUCUAAAUACGGCAUCCGUGCCGUCCUAUUUUCUCUGGUUCUCGUAUCUGUCCUGGUACCGUUACGGCAACGAGGCUCUUUUGGUCAACCAGUGGUCAGACAUCGACUCUAUAGCGUGCAUCACAAACAACAUCACGUGUCCGAAAUCGGGACGCACCGUUCUCCAAACUUAUAAUUUCAGGGAGGAGGACUUCUCGAUGGACAUUCUCUGCUUGUUCGCGCUUAUCGUGGCAUUCCGUCUCCUGGCGUUUUUCGCCCUAUUGUCAAAAACUCGUCGUUCGAAAUAAUGUAUAUCAUUAUUGUCCUGUGGAACGAACAGUUUUGCUCUUAUUG